GUGUGUGUGUGUUUGUCUGUCCAUCGGUGUGUGUGUGUCUAUCCGUCUGUGUGUCUGUGAAUAAUUGUGUGUUUCUCCUUCGUGCUGUUCGUUCAAUGUGUGGAUGUGUGGCCCCGCGUUCGCCAUCCAUCCAGCCAUCCAUCCAGCCAUUCAGCCCACCAUCGAUCACGUGGCCCAGAUUCACCACGCCCUCCCCACACCCACCACCGUCCAAGCCGAGGGGCAUUAGUCGGAGUGCCGCCGCGCCAGCCGGGCCAAGACUGGACUGAGUCAGACCUCAUUGCUCAGGCCCAGCCCAUCCGCCAGCCAGCUCGGGCUGGCCCAGGCUGAGCUCAUCCCGGGCCCCGCCCACUGUCCAAGUCCGGCGACAUCGUCCACGUUCCGGCCUUGAUCGGCAUGAAUUGGCAACCCGAGGCGCAGGGCUUGGCCCAGAUCUUGCAGUUGCUGCGGGAAUCUCAAUCGCCGGAUACGACCAUUCAACGCUCGGUUCAGAAACGACUCGAAGAGUUGAACCGCUUCCCGGACUUCAACUCCUAUCUGAUCUAUGUGCUGACUCAAAUGCCCCAAGAGAAUGAGGCCACCCGCUCGCUGGCCGGCCUCAUUCUCAAGAACAAUGUCAAGGCCCAUUUCCACGAGUUUCCUCCGCCCGUGGCUCACUUCAUUCGCAGCGAAUGUCUCCGCGCCGUGGGCGACCCCUCGCCGCUUAUCCGGGCCACCAUCGGCAUCCUCAUUACCACCAUCACCUCCAAAGGUGAUUUGGCACAAUGGCCCGAUCUGCUGCCCAAGUUGUGCGAGCAUCUCGAGUCCGACAAUUAUGCCUCUUGCGAGGGCGCUUUUGGCGCCCUGCAAAAGAUCUGCGAGGACAACGCCCAGAUGCUCGACGGCGAUGUGCUCCACAACCCACUGGCCGUCCUCAUUCCCAAGUUUCUGGAAUUCUUCAAACACAACAGUGCCAAGAUACGGUCCCACGCUAUCGCUUGCGUCAACCAAUUUAUCACUUGUCGUUCCCAGGCCUUGAUGACCCACAUAGACGCGUUCCUCCACAGUUUAUUCUUCCUGGCCAAUGACACGGACCCCGAAGUGCGUAAGAAUAUUUGCCGGGCAUUAGUCAUGUUACUCGAGGCGCGAAUCGAUCGUCUCAUACCUCACAUGAAUAACAUCAUCGACUACAUGCUGCAACGCACCCAAGAUGCCGACGAGGGUGUUUCUUUGGAGGCUUGUGAAUUUUGGCUCUCGCUGGCCGAUGAACCUGUGUGCAAAGAUGCGCUGCAGCCUCAUCUGGAUAAACUGAUUCCCAUCCUGGUGCGUGGCAUGAAAUACUCGGAGAUCGAUAUCAUCCUGCUCCGCGGGGAUGUCGAGGACGACGAGAUGGUGCCGGAUCGGGAAGAGGACAUUCGUCCUCGGUUCCAUCGCUCACGUAAUCACCAUGUGGGUCAACUCUCGGACUCGACCAAUGGACAGCCCACCGCCUCCAAUCCGGAUGGCAAUCUAUCCGAUGAUGACGCCGGAGACGAUGAUGAUGACGAUGACUCGGCCAUGUCGGAUUGGAACCUAAGAAAGUGCUCGGCCGCCGCCCUCGAUGUUUUGGCCAGUGUAUUCCGAACGGAUUUGCUACCCGUGCUGCUACCUAUCCUCAAGGAAACCUUAUUUCAUCCGGAAUGGGAAAUCAAAGAAUCUGGGAUCUUAGCCCUCGGAGCGAUUGCAGAGGGGUGCAUGGAGGGCAUGGUUCAACAUCUCCCCGAACUCGUUCCCUUUUUGGUCAAUUGCCUGUCAGAUAAGAAAUCACUGGUACGUUCCAUCACAUGUUGGACCCUGUCCCGUUAUUCCCACUGGGUUGUGUCCCAGCCCCACGAGUCCUACCUGAAACCUCUCAUGUCCGAGCUGUUGAAGCGCAUUCUGGACUCCAACAAACGAGUCCAAGAAGCGGCUUGCUCAGCCUUUGCCACCUUGGAGGAGGAGGCUUGCACGGAGCUCGUGCCUUACCUGGGAUUCAUCCUUAACACGCUGGUGUUUGCGUUCCAAAAAUACCAGCACAAGAAUCUGCUCAUUCUCUAUGAUGCGAUAGGCACCCUGGCCGACUCCGUUGGGCAGCAUUUAAAUCAGAGCGAAUACAUAAACUUGUUAAUGCCUCCUUUGAUUGAAAAGUGGAACAUGCUCAAGGAUGAGGACAAAGACUUGUUUCCAUUGCUGGAAUGCCUCUCAUCCGUGGCCACAGCCCUUCAGGAAGGAUUUCUCCCCUAUUCUGAGCCCGUCUACCGACGGUGUGUCUCGCUUAUUGAGCAGACAUUGACACAGCACGCGGCUUACCUGCAAAACGCCGAACAAUUUGAUCAACCGGACAAAGAAUUCAUGAUCGUGGCAUUGGAUCUGUUAUCGGGCUUGGCUGAAGGCUUGGACGUACACAUCGAAUCUUUAGUGUCCACCUCGAACAUUAUGCACCUGCUGUUUCAAUGUCUACAAGACCCAAUUCCUGAAGUGAGACAGAGCUCAUUUGCGUUAUUGGGCGACUUCACCAAAGCUUGCUUCGUUCACGUCCGGCCCUGCAUUGACGACUACAUGCCGCUGGUGGCGCAGAACUUGUACACAGACCAUAUAUCCGUGUGCAACAACGCCACUUGGGCAGCUGGGGAAAUUGCCGUGAAAUUGGGCCCGGACAUGAAGCGUUUUGUGGUCAACCUCUUACCUCCCUUGAUCGUCAUAAUCAAUCGGAAUAACACUCCGAAGACUUUACUGGAAAACACGGCCAUCACCAUUGGGCGCAUGGGACUCGUGUGUCCUCAUGAAGUGGCGCCCUCACUAAACCAGUUUAUCCGACCUUGGUGUACGUCCUUGCGGAACAUUCGUGAUAAUGACGAGAAAGACUCCGCCUUCCGAGGCAUUUGUCACAUGAUUACCGUCAACCCUGCCGGUGUGGUGCAGGAUUUCAUCUUCUUCUGUGAUGCCAUUGCAUCGUGGCAAACCCCGCAGGACGACCUCAAACAAAUGUUCCAUAAGAUUCUUCAUGGAUUCAAGGAGCAAGUAGGAGUUGAGGCGUGGAAUAAUUUCGCCUCACAAUUCCCUCAGCCACUGAAGGAACGUCUGGCUAGCACCUACGCCAUUUAACAUUUAACCAUAUGUGAGUGUGAGACGUGGACCAAUGUGCUAUAUGGCAUAGUUGAUGACAGAUCAAGUGGCUUUUGGAAUAUGUGGGACCGGCCAUUUGGCGCUAUGCUUGGCCCACAUUGCUUACUACCAAACUGUAGGUCAACUAAUAUCACUACCUACCAACAUAACUAAGGACCUACCUAAGGAAUACAUUAUCGUCCUCUCUGUAAUGUCUUUAAGUCCAAAUACACAAGGCUAGGAUGGUGUUUCA